UUCCGCGCGCGCGUUCACGCAGCAGCCAGUCGGCAUGACAACGCGCUCUGACUGACAAAGGCGCCGCAGCUCACGCGCCGGAGGAUGGCAGCAGAACCUCCGUGUACCGGAACCGGUUCGGUCCUCGCAGUCAUGCAGAGCGCGCGCCCGGUCACGGUGAAGGUGUCCGCGGCCAGCCUCGCGCUCAGCGCGCUCGCGCUGUCGCUGCUGGUCACCGCCAUCUGCACGGACCACUGGUACCACACGGACACGCGCGCGCACAAGGAGAACUGCGACCGGCACGGGGCGGACUCCACGGACCAGAAGAACCGGGACAUGCCGAUCUACCACCUCCCGCUGCUGGAUGGAGGCGCGCGCCACCGGGACGUGGCGCUGAUGAAGCCCGUGCACGUGGGGAGCCGCGAGGAGGAGCUGCUGGAGAACUGGCGCGCGAUCCUCGGGAUGGGCAUCCUCGAGACCGAGUGCGGGAGGCCGUUGUUCUCCACGCACGCGGGGCUGUGGCAGAAGUGCUACUUUGAGGACCAGGACAUCGACAAGCUCAUCGCACGGGACAUGCGUCGCAUCACGGCUGGUUUUCUGGGCAUGGCGGCGGCUGUCUUGCUGUUCGGCAGCAUCGUGGUGUCCGUGGGUUUUGUCUGGGAGGAAAGUCUGACUCAGCACGUCUCUGGGCUGCUCUUCCUGAUGGCAGGCAUUUUCUGCACCAUCUCCCUGUGUACCUAUGCAGCCAGCGUGACCUACGACCUCUCCAGAAACCCCCCCUUCAUCUAUGGUCUGCCCGCGGAUGUGGACCACGGGUACGGCUGGUCCAUAUACUGCGCCUGGACCAGUCUGGGUCUGACCGUGGCCUCCGGCUGCCUCGCUACUGCCUUUCCGUUCCUGAACCGGGCCGGAGCUCUGAGGUCCAAAACCGCACGGGAAUCCUCUGUGUGAGCUGCUGCUGAUCCGAAGGAACCCGAGACGUGGUCCGGACCGGGCUGCAGAACUUUUAUUGGACUGGUUCCUGAAGGAGUGGACUCAAACUUCUGCUGCAAAGCUGCUGUGGAGCUCCGCCCCCCCGAGCUUUGAUAGGAACAGUGUUGGUAGUGUCAGAGGAACCGGGCAGCCGGGCCGGGCCGGGCCUGCAGUGUUAGCCAGUGACCGUGUCUCUUUGUGAAAUGUCUGUAUUAAGGCUGACCCCUCCCCCGCAGUAUUACACAGGUGAGGUCACAGGUGAGUCUGCUGCGUUUUAACCACGAGGGUGGAGCCUCCUCUCUGACUGCACGGAGGCGUGUCCAGUGGCUCCGCCUAUCCUUUACCAAAGGUCAACAUACCCUGAUUUCUGACCCCGCCCAGGAAAAACGUUUUAGCCCCCCCCCCACAGGUGGGGGUCAGACGGUGGUCGUGACGACGAAGAUGAAAUUAGAUGAGUCCAAAGCGUUUUCAUUCAGCCACUCCCUCCCUCCCUCCGCCAGAAGGAUUUUUGUAGUUUUAAUGAACUGAUGAAGACACCUGUCAGGACAGGUAAAGAGGAGGGGCUCUAGAAGGUCUCCAGAGGGACCUGAAACCAUCUGAAGAGAAGUCCCGUCAUCUUCCCCGGUAAUCUGUAAAUAAAGGACAUGAUGGUCUCACAGUC